AUGAGGAGAAGAAAAAUAAUUUUCUUGUUCCCCCUAUUAAAUUUAUUUUUAUUUUUGCCAUUUUCAAUUAAUUCAAUUAUUUUUAAUUCUGAAGAAGAAACAGCAGGAAUCCGUUGUUUUUGUGAUAAACAGACUUGUGGAGGAGGUGCUCUAGUCUGCGCAGGCAAAUAUUGUCUUAUUGGACUUCGAAAUGAUGAUGUUUCUGGAGGUAAUAAAUUAGAACAACACUGUGUAGAUGAACAAAUAUAUUCUAAUAAAAAGGUUGGGUGUGAGAAGGAAUGGCAGAAAUGGGCUGAGGUGUGUAUCUGUGAUGAAAGCCUAUGCAAUACUUUUGCCUUUUUACGCUCACAAAUAGAUGGAAAUUCUGAAGAACAACAACAACAAAGAUUAAUUGCCUCAGAUUAUGCAGAUUCAAGUGCCCUUACUCGUUGGAAAGAAACAGCAAUUCUUCGAAGGGAUUCCAACAACAACAAUAUUAGAAUUGGGGAAAAUAUUUUGGACAGUGAGGAAAAUGAACCUAGCUCGAGGAGAAGGUGGAUGGAAAGACAACAAAAUAAACAAGGAGGGGGAAGAGGGCGUGGGGCUAAUUUGGUUCUUUUACUGGUUGUACUUCCUUUGGUUGUUGGGGCUUUUACGGUGAAAUUUUUGGAUUUUUUUAAAAUUUUUUUUUGAAUUUUUUGGG